AUGGACCCUCAAUUCCAUCCCCUUUCCGGCGACGACAAACCGUACUUCCUCUUCCGCGCCGAAUCACAAAACAACCGGAGCUUCGGAGACGGCGGCAUCUUCGCAAGACACUCCUCCCACCAUAACCAUCCUACUAGACAAGAUUUCGACAAUCACCUCGCAUGGCAACGCACAGACACAGGCCUAGUCUCGUUCUUCAGUUCCUGGCGUCGCGUGAUGCAACGCCGACAGAUGCUGAUCAAUGACAAUGAAGGAGAUGUAAUCGUAGUCGCCGUUCAAGCCAAGAACCUCGUUGGUGUUAACAGUGCGGAACGCGUCGCUGAAGCACUGGGCUACAGGGACGAGAACAACGAUCCCAGACGCAGACCUUGUCACCGAGACGAGUACUUGGUAUUUGGAGGGGUUGCACCGGACGAUUAUGCCGUUUUGGCGGUGUUUGAAGGAAGAGAGCCUUGCGUUUCGGUCACAUUCAACAUUCCCUCGUUCGAGUAUUCCGGUCAGAUUCCGGGAAACUCUCUUCCCGGUCAAGCUGAAAGGGGACCAUUGGUGGCUUUAGAGGAUGAGAUGUACCGUCGGACUGGGAGGAAAGAUGAUCUAGUGAGAGAUGAGCUGGUCAGGACGAUCUGUGAGGUCGCCCAUAUGCCGUGGUUGGUGCGGACGAGGUACCGGAAUUUCGAUGGGAAGGAGAUUGAGAUGUGA